AUGUCGUCAGCACAGCAACGUUUGAACUCUGUCGCCAACCAGCUCGCGGCUCCUGGCUCGGCCCGCCAGAAGAUCCUCGCUAAGAAUGCCGACGACAUUGUCAUCACCUACCUCGCCCGCACACCCCUGACCAAGGCCCGCAAGGGUGGUCUGAAGGACACACCCGUGGAUGAGCUUCUGGUCUCCCUUCUGACCAGCGUGCGUGAGAACUCCAAGCUCGACCCCAGCCUCGUCGAGGAUGUCUGCGUCGGCAACGUCCUCUGCCCCGGCAACGCCUACGUCGUCCGCUCCGCCGUGCUGGCCGCCGGAUACCCCGUCACUGCUGCUGCUUCGGUUGCCAACCGCUUCUGCUCCUCCGGCCUCCUGGCCGUCCAGAACAUCGCCAACCAGAUCAUUGCCGGAUCGAUUGAUGUCGGUGUCGCCGUGGGCGCCGAGAGCAUGAGCCAGAACGCCGACGGUGGUGCCCCCGAGAUGUCCGAGUCCAUCACCAAGCACCCCAUCGCCUCCCAAAACUCCCAGCCCAUGGGCCAGACCUCCGAGAACGUCGCCAACCAGUUCGGUAUCACCCGCGAGCAGCACGACGCGUUCGCCGCCAAGAGCUUCCAGAAGGCCGAGCGUGCCCAGAAGGCUGGCUGGCUCAACGACGAGAUUGUCCCCGUCAAGACUCAGAUUAAGGACCCCAAGACCGGCGAGGUCAAGAGCGUCGUCGUCGACCGUGACGAUGGUGUCCGUUACGGAACCACCCCUGAGUCUCUGGCUAAGGUCCGCGCUGCUUUCCCCCAGUGGGCCCCUAGUGCUACUACCGGCGGUAACGCCAGUCAGAUCACCGAUGGUGCUGCUGCGCUCGUUCUGAUGAAGCGCUCCCGCGCCGAGGAGCUUGGUCAGCCCAUCGUUGCUAAGUUCUGCGGUGCUACCGUUACUGGUCUCGAGCCUCGCAUCAUGGGUAUUGGACCAUCUCUGGCUAUCCCUAAGAUCCUUGGCAAGUUCAACUUGAGCAAGGAUGACAUUGAUAUUUUCGAGAUUAACGAGGCCUUCUCCUCAAUGGGUGUCUACUGUGUCAACAAGCUUGCUCUGGAUGAGUCCAAGGUCAACCCCCGUGGUGGUGCCAUUGCCUUCGGUCACCCUCUGGGUGCCACCGGUGCGCGCCAGGUCGUCACUGCUCUCUCCGAGCUGCGCCGCCAAGACAAGCGGGUCGCCGUGACCUCUAUGUGUGUUGGAACUGGCAUGGGCAUGGCCGGUAUCUUCGUUUCUGAGCACUAA